AUGGGUACAACACGUACUCAGGAAGAGUUUUAUGAGGAAGUUAUCAUUCCUUAUCCUAAAAAGAAGACAGUUAUUCGGGAUUCGGAUCUUGUUGCUAUUAAGGAUUUAGACCCUCUGUGCCAAGGUACGUUUAGUCGGUAUAAGACGCUCAAUCGCAUGCAAUCACUGGUUUACCCAGUGGGAUACAAUACCAAUGAGAAUAUGCUGGUUUGUGCUCCUACAGGUGCUGGUAAGACAGAUGUUGCUUUACUUACAAUGCUGAACACCAUUCUGCACCAUAGUACUUAUGAUGAGGAGAGUGGUGUUUAUGAUAUCCAGUAUGACGAUUUUAAGAUCGUCUACGUCGCUCCUUUAAAAGCCCUGGCUGCUGAAGUGGUUGAAAAAAUGGGUAAUCGUUUAGCAUGGCUCGGAGUUAAUGUGCGCGAGUUGACUGGUGAUAUGCAACUCACCAGAGCCGAGAUAGCUGCCACUCAAGUCAUCGUGACUACACCUGAAAAAUGGGAUGUGGUUUCACGUAAAUCUACUGGCGAUAAUGAACUGGUUACAAAGGUCAAGCUGCUGAUUAUUGAUGAGGUACAUCUUUUGCAUGAAGAUAGAGGUGCUGUAAUCGAGUCUUUGGUAGCAAGAACGCUAAGACAAGUCGAAAGUACUCAGUCCAUGAUUCGUAUUGUAGGUUUGUCUGCUACUCUGCCUAACUUUAUCGAUGUUGCUGAGUUUCUAAGAGUAAAUUUGCAACAGGGACUGUUUUAUUUUGAUGCAUCUUUCAGACCUGUUCCGUUGAAACAGCAGUUUGUAGGUGUUAAGGGUAAAGCAGGAAGUAAGCAGGCCCAAGAGAAUAUUGAUAAAGUGGCAUAUGAUAAGCUCAUUGAGAAUCUACAGCAAGGGCACCAAGUAAUGGUGUUUGUUCAUUCACGAAAAGAUACUGUAAAAACUUCACGAACAUUUAUGAAUAUGGCCCAGGCAAAUGGAGAUAUGGACCUAUUUGAUUCUUCCGAGGUCGAUGGUUACGACGGAUUCAAGCGGGAAAUGAGCAAGCAUAAGAACAAGGAUAUGAAAGAGUUGUUUGAUCGUGGAUUCGGUGUCCAUCAUGCUGGUAUGUUACGAGCAGAACGCAAUAUGACUGAAAAGCUUUUCAUGAACGGAGCUAUCAAGGUUCUAUGUUGUACAGCCACUCUUGCCUGGGGUGUUAACUUGCCAGCCGCCGUUGUUAUCGUUAAAGGUACCCAAAUCUACGAUGCCAAACAGGGUGGUUUUGUUGAUUUGGGAAUAUCUGACGUAAUUCAGAUUUUUGGUCGUGCUGGUAGACCCCAAUUUGAGAAAUAUGGUACUGGUAUUCUUUGUACCUCGUUGGACAGGCUCGACCAUUAUCUUUCGGCCAUUACCCAACAACAUCCAAUUGAGUCAAGACUACAACCAAAACUUGCCGAUAACUUGAAUGCUGAAAUCUCACUUGGUACAGUAACAAACGUUGAUGAGGGUGUCCAGUGGCUCGGAUACACUUAUUUGUUUGUUCGUAUGAGGAAGAAUCCAUUAGCGUACGGAUUGGUAUGGAAUGAUGUGGUGGACGACCCAUUGUUAGGUGCCCGCAGAAGAGCUUUAGUUGUCGAGGCUGCUAGAAGACUUCAUUCUAUUCAGAUGAUUAUUUUCGACGAGGGCAAAACAGACUCAUUUUUAGCAAAAGAUCUUGGUCGAAUUGCAUCUGACUUUUAUCUUUUGAAUAACAGUGUGGAGGUGUUCAAUACACUGUUAAAACCGCUAGCCACAGAGGCUGAUAUUUUUGCUAUGAUUAGUAUGAGUGGCGAAUUCGACGGUAUCAAGGCAAGAGAAGAGGAAUCUAAAGAGCUGACCAAGCUGAGAGAAGAGUCUUCUCCUUGUCAGAUUGGUAGUGCCCUUGACAGUCCCGAGGGAAAGACGAAUGUACUUUUACAAGCAUUUAUUUCAAAAGCUACUAUCCAAGACUCUGCUCUUUCAUCAGAUGCAAACUAUGUUGCACAGAAUGCUACUCGUAUUGCUAGAGCGCUAUUCUUGAUAUGUGUGAACAGACGAUGGGGUCAUUUAGCAAGAGUUCUUUUGUCGCUGUGUAAGUCUGUCGAUCGCAGACUGUGGUCGUUUGAGCAUCCACUGGCUCAGUUUAAUGAGCUGCCAAUGCAGAUUAUCAGGAAUCUCGAGGCUAAAAACCCGUCUGUUCUCAGUUUAAAAGAAAUGGAAACGAGAGAGAUCGGUGAAUUGGUUCGCAAUACCCAUCAGGGAAACAAUGUAGCGAGACUGGCUGACAGGUUUCCACUGCUGGAAGUCAGUAAUGCAGAAAUCCAGCCCAUUACUGCCAAAGUAUUGCGUGUACACGUAGAACUCGAGCCUGAUUUCAAGUGGGAUCCGAAAUAUCAUGGUAAAACACAAUUUUUCUGGGUGUGGAUAGAGGAGGAUUCCGAGAAGUUUGAGAUUCUUCACAAUGAAAAGGUAAUCUUAUCAAAAGGAUCAAUGGACUCUCCUCAUGUGCUUGAUUUCACCAUUCCAAUUUCAGAGCCACUUCCAGAUCAGCUUAUCGUGCGGGUCAUGUCAGACAGCUGGGCAGGGUCUGAAACGAGCGUUGCUGUCUCUUUUAAACAUCUGAUCCGACCUGAGACUCAGCCUAUUCAGACCAAACUCCUGAAGUUGAGACCAUUACCGGUCACUGCGUUGAAGAACGAUCUUUUGGAGUCCAUGUAUCGACAAAAAUUCGAGUAUUUUAACCCUAUGCAAACCAUGGCUUUCAAUACCUUGUACCACAAGGACACCAGUGUAUUGCUUGGUUCCCCUACUGGUUCGGGUAAAACCGUUGCCUGUGAACUGGCAAUCUGGGCAGCGUUUAAAAAGUUUCCUGGAUCUAAAGUGGUUUAUAUUGCUCCCAUGAAGGCUCUUGUGAAGGAAAGAGUGGGUGAUUGGUCUAGAGGUAUCUGUCGACAGGCUGGCAUUAAAUUAGUAGAGUUGACUGGUGAUACUAAUCCUGACGCAGACAGUAUCCGCAAAGCAGAUAUCAUCAUCACCACACCAGAAAAAUUUGACGGUAUUAGUAGAAAUUGGCAGACUAGAAAAUUUGUGCAACAAGUUUCGCUGAUUAUUAUGGAUGAGAUCCAUUUGCUUGCUAGUGAUCGUGGUCCUAUUUUGGAGAUGAUUGUAAGUCGUAUGAACUUUAUCGCUGACAAGACUAAGAGAAAAGUUAGGCUUUUGGGUAUGUCUACCGCUGUGGCCAAUGCCCAAGAUAUGGCCAGCUGGCUGGGUGUCGACGAUGGUAGUGGAUUGUUUAACUUUUCUCAAUCUGUCCGUCCUGUGCCUCUACAAAUGUAUAUUGAUGGGUUCCCUGAUAAUAUGGGAUUCUGUCCGUUGAUGAAGACUAUGAACAAACCUGCGUUCCUAGCAAUCAAACGUCACUCACCUACUAAACCGGUCCUGAUUUUUGUUGCCUCUCGUAGACAAACAAGAAUUACGGCUCAAGAUCUUAUUCAAAUGUGUGGUAUGGAAGAGAACCCUAGAAGGUUUUUAAAGAUGACAGAGGAUGAACUUGCUACGGUUUUGGAAGAAGUUACUGAUGAGACAUUAAAGUUAUCUUUACAAUUCGGAAUUGCACUGCACCAUGCUGGUCUGAUUGAUAGUGACAGAAGAAUCAGUCAUGAGCUAUUUGCUACCAACAAGGUGCAAAUCUUGGUGGCUACAAGUACCUUGGCCUGGGGUGUGAAUCUUCCUGCUUACCUGGUAAUUAUCAAGGGUACUCAAUUCUUUGAUGCCAAGAUUGACACAUAUCGGGACAUGGAUCUGACGGAUGUAUUGCAAAUGAUGGGAAGAGCUGGGCGUCCAGCGUUUGAUACCAGCGGUGUGGCCAUAGUCUAUACUAAGGAGUCGACAAAAUCGUUCUACAAAUAUUUUUUGAACAGUGGAUUUCCAGUGGAGUCGUCGUUACAUAAGGUUUUAGAGGAUCACUUGGGAGCUGAAAUUAGUGCUGGCACUAUUUCCAGUAAACAGCAAGCACUAGAUUUCCUCACUUGGACAUUUUUGUAUCGUCGCAUUCACAGUAAUCCAACUUAUUAUAAAAUCAAGGGCCAAGAGUCAGAGGAAAUAAAUGACUGGGCUGUUGAGUUGGUCAAUAAGACCAUAGCCAACUUGGCUGAUUCUGGUUGUGCUGUGGAGCAAGAAGAUUGUACUGUACUUGCAACAAAGUUUUUGAGAAUCUCCAGUUUUUAUUAUAUGUCUCACAAGACGAUGAAAAAGUUCUUGGAAAAUAUCAAGCCAUCGAUGUCUCUACGCGACUGUCUUCUCAUUCUUGCCAAGGCGACUGAAUACGAUGAGCUUGCUAUUCGUCACAAUGAAGAUCUUAUCAACGAAGAACUAUCUAAGAAGGUUAGAUUUCAUGGAGAGGACGUGGGUCUGAGAAUGGUAGACCCCCAUGUUAAGGCGUACCUCCUGGUUCAGGCACAUAUGAGCAGAAUAGAGCUUCCAAUUGAAGAUUACGUGCAAGAUACUGUUGCAGUAUUAGAUCAGAGUUUACGUAUUCUUCAGGCAGCUGUUGAUACUUGUGCUGAGUUGGGAUAUUUGAAUAGUUGUCUUGAGUUUAUUUCGUUGAUGCGUUGUAUCAAGCAGGCGUAUUGGGAUACCACCGACCCAGUGACGGCGCUCCCAGGUCUUAGAUUACGUGACUCUGCUGGGGACUAUGACGACCGUCGUCCUCGUUUGCAAGAUAUUGCUGGAAAUGCUGAUGAAGCUGCUAAACAAUUGCAUGUUGCGUGGAAGAAACAAAAAGAAUUCAAACGAGUUGUAUCGAAUUUACCGAUAUUGACCAUCAAUGCUCAUCUUGAAAAGUCCCAAGUCAAGGUGUCUUUAAAACAUACCCACCAGGUAAAAGCUAAGAAGGUUUAUGCUCCUCACUUCCACAAACCACAAUCAGAAUCCUGGUUUGUGAUUCUUGCAAGUGGUGAGCGUGAGCUGAUCUCUCUCCAGAGAUGCUCUCCUGGAAACUCCAUCGCCAAUCUUACCAUUGAAGUACCAGUCCAAAAGUCGAAUCUCAGUCUUUUAAUUCAGAAUGAUGCUUUAGAUAUAUCGUACACCAUUCCUCUCGGAAGAUAG